AUGUCAGACCCACGCCUGAAAUCCGAGGGGAAUACCUCAAACGAAGCGGAACCCCCAAGCUUAAGAUGGAGCGCAGCCAGUACUUUCUACAACAGCAGUCAUGAAGAUCGGGAGAAUAUACCGCCGACAUCUCCAUUUGAACCUCCAGAGCUCACGAGAUCUCCAGCUAUCCAGGACGACUUUGGCCAAUACGGUAGAGACGAUAGGAAUGAACGGAUAAUUAAACAAGAACCAAAAGGAGAUGAUAAUGGUUACGUAUACACCUUCCACCCAAACUCGUAUGUGUCUACCCCGAUUGAAAGACAACCACUCCCUUCGGUUCUGAGCGAUGAAAUCGAAUUCCAAGAUUACAUGCUUGGAAGCAUGGAUGAUAAUGGAUUGAAAAGGAGGCUCAGGAGCGACUGGUAUGGUGAAGACGCAGCUAAAUUGGAAGGCUCUACGUUUAGAUUUACUCCAGAAGACCUGAGAGAGGCAGCGGCGGCGAGACACGGAUUUGAUCAAACUUUCCAUGAGUAUAUGAUGAGUAUAGGGGCGGUAGAGGAUACGAGAGAGAGGGAAGGAGAGAGAGAAGGGGAUGGGACGUUGACAGAGAAACAGAGGGCUGAGAUUGCGGAACCGAGCAUCAUAGCUAGAUUCGCACUUGCAGAGAUGAAUGAGCGGAGAGGGUUGCUUGAGUCUUCGCUUUCGUUUUCGUCCCCUUCAUCGUCGUCGUCAUCAUCAGAAUCUUCCAGCGAAAGUAGCGAUGGGAGUUCAUCUAAUUCGAAUGAUGAUCAGGACGACACUGGUGAACCGUCAGGUGAUGGUGCAAGGCCAGAAUCAGGAUCUGAAUCGCUGUCCAAGGGUUCAAGCGACAGGGAUAAGUCGUCCAAAUCGUCGUCUAGGCCGUCUGAAAAGUUGCCAGGGUCCUCAGAUAGCGGAAACCGAGCUGAUGAUGAAGACGGUAUACCUUCGCCGGAUGGAGCCAAAAUAAUACCAAGCAUUGAGUUGCAGUCCAGCACUUCACAAAGCAGCCUGAAGAGGAAAGCAUCGGAUGGUAGGAGUGAGAUCCCCAUCCCGCAGUCUCCGAAGCAGGAAAAUAGUGAUGAAGCAGCAGAGCAACAGCUUAUGUCGCAACUUAUGCAUCAUAUCCAUCUGGAUACAACAUCAGAGCAACGGCGGCAGGAACAAGAACGGCGGCAGCGAGAGCAGCAGCAACAACAGGAGGAGCAGCGACGAAGACCAGGAUGCCUGAUUCAACCACCAGUUCUAGCGUGGGUACAAAAUAUUUUGAACCGGGAAACCGAACAACAGGGCCAACAACCACAAGGACAGCAGCAGCAGCAACAUGAAUCCCAGGCUACAACACAGGGUGGACCACCGCCCAUACCCCCGUGGUUAAUGCAGCUUCCAACACAAGAAGAGGUACGACGAACUCGGGAUGAACGGCGAGCGCAGCAACGGCAGCAACAGUAUGAAAUAUAUUUGGACGCAAUGCAGCUGCCAGGAUCACCACUACCUCCAUUUCAAGAGUACAUCGACUUCAUGGAUUCAUUGGGGCAUGCAAGGUCGCCAGAACUUACAUAUCAAGAGUACAUAAAAUACUUGGAUAUAAUGGCGGCUGAAGAAUCGCAAGAAUCUUCAUUUGAAACUACAACACACGGGAGGAGGUACCCACACGACUUGUGGCCCGAGCAGGUGAGUCCGACACCUAUUCGUCCACCCAAAAGGAAAGGCCUAUCGCUAGGCGAGGGAGGGGAUGAUGGCGCGCCGCCAAAGAGAUCACGGACAGGAGCGCUGGCACCAGUAGCAACAGGAGUGUCAGCAUUGGGCCAGGGUCUAGAACGUCCGCCAUUGAAAGAGGAAGGUGGUCAGGUACGUGAUCAGUCGAGAAGAAGAAGAAGAGGUUCGUCGUUGGAAGCCAUUAAAGAAGAGGAGGAUCAGGGUGCAUCGCCAACCAAAAGAGCACGAACAGGAGGUGAGGAACCGGGACAUCCAUCAGAACAGCAACCAAGAGAAGGAGCAGGAGAACAACCCGGACAGCAUUGGGUACAGAACGAUUUAGGUCAGAGAGAAGAACAAUGGCGACAACAUCAAGAACAACAGAGCCAACAGCAACCUGGACGACAACCAGGGCAGGCACCAGGGCAAGUGCCUGUACGUCAGCUGCUACCAUCGAUAGAGUUCCCCGAUGAACCAGAAAGUCUCCGAAGAGCGCAUGCAGAACGAGAAGGAACUGUCCAAGCAUCACCAAUAUUCACGAAUGAAAGGACGAUGGAAAUGGUCAGAGGAGUAAGUUACCAACCACCAGAUGAUCAAGGUCGUUGGAACGUACCGCGAGACCUCGCAAACCAAGCGCGGAAUACCGACGCAGCUCGAAUUUUCCGAAGGCAACAUGAAGAACAUCAAGAAACACUUGCUGGGCCUAGGAGGCAAAGUAUACGUGCGCUAUUGGAAGAAGGGGAGGAGACAGAGAUAGAAGAAUCAUCAGAAGAGAGAGAAUCUGCAAAUCGUAGUUCAUCGGAACGAAGUCUACCACAGCAGUCACGACGAGGUCGAGAUCCACGACCAGUUCCACCAACGACGGUUUGGUCAUUAGUACCAUCAAAACCACGGUUAGGAGGAGUAACAGCAGCAGCAGGAGUGCCGCCGUCAACGCCUCCAUCACAAAGGGGCCGUUUGGGAUCAUCGGUAUUUGGGUCAGAAGAAUCACGGUCAGCAGAGAAGCUAGAUUCAUCGCCACCACUAAUCUCAGGAGGCCCAAGACCUUCACCAGCUUCGGUACAAUCAGAAGGUCCAGGUCCAGGUCCUGGUCUUGUUCCCGGACCAGAUCCCGCGCCUGCUUCAGCCCAACCUCAACCAGACCCAGCUGCGACUCCAGCUACACCAGCUCCAGUUGUUGCAUACCGCGAUCCGGUUGCAAACCCAGCUUCGUCUCGAGCAGUUUCUGACCCACCAUUUGCUACUCACACUGGCGGAACACCAUCUCCUCUUCGACCAUUUUCUGCUCCACCAACAGCCCAGUACACCGAACCUGCCCAACCACCAGCUCAACCGCCUACAAGCAACCAGCCACAACGUCGUCGCAGCACACGUCAAAUAAGACAAACCUCAAUGGCAAGAGAAUCGGAAGCACAGGCUGAAUAUGGCCGUCGAAGGAGUCAAGCUAGCAGUGGUCAGAUUCAGACUGGAGGUGGUAGACGACAAACUCAGUCUCGCUCUAAAGCUGGGAAGACCAAGACUCAAACCAAUGCCGGAGUCAGGAAGCCCAAGACCCAGACCGGAGCCGGAACUAAGAAGAAUGGUGGUCAGACUCGGGCCAUACCAGCAGGUAGAAGAACAACUGGGGGAACUACGACUCGGACUCGAAGACCAAAUACGCGAACGCAAUCGAAUACUCAGCCGCCACAACCUCAGCAGCAACCGCAGCAGCAGACCCAGCAGACACAGGCAGGAGCCAGUGGAAGUCGAAAUAAAAUGAGAUCUGGGCGAAUUAGUAAGAAGCCUCAACGAUUAGGUUUUGAAUAG